AGGUGAAAUAAGGCGGGAAAAACUGCGCUUGUCUCCCGUCAUUUGUUUCUCGUGGUUUGUUUACAUUUUGAUUCAAGGUUUUGGCGCGCAGGAAGGAGGCGGAUUUUGUGUGUGUGGGCUAUUUAACGCCAUUUCCUGCGUCCCUGAGUAUGAUACAAGACUUCCAGCACCAAAUAUAGACAGGACAGCCCCUCAGCACCAUGGCAGCGUCAGGCAGACCCGCCGGCCACUCUGGGAACCUCUCCAAAAAGACCAUCUUCCAAAAUGACGAAGACGGUCUUAUGAGCAGACUAUGGGAGCUCAAGAAGGAGAAGGAUGAGCUGGAGGCGGAAAUUGACGAGGUGAAGGUGGAGGUUGACGGGUGGCUUGAGAUCCUGUCCUGCACCACCGUCACCGAGAUGGACGUGCUGAUCGACAACUUCUCCGCCAACCCCUCCAUCCUGCCAGCCUGCACCCUCCUCACCUCCCCCACCGACCUGCGCCGCCUCGCCAAGUACAAUGAACUCGUCACGCAGCUUGAUGUUUUUGAGUUGCUGGACUGCAGCAAGGCCUACACCACGAGGGACGGUGAACUCUUCAUCAAAUUCCCGUGGCGGCCACCCUGCAAGGCUAACUACGAGUGCUGCAUCCUCCUCAAACCCGAGCAGGAGCACACCUACAGCGUUACGAGCCACAACCUGCCGCCUACGAUGCCCACAGAGAGUCUAGCGAAGAAAUACCUGGAAACGCCUCGCCAUAAAGCAGAAGGCUUGCGUAAGUUCGUGUCGGUGUUGGGCCAGUACACGAAGGCUUACUACUCCCGCCUGCAGCAGAUCAUGACCCUGGAGGAGGCCCAUAUUCUCAGCAACACCGCCAUCAACCACAACAUAGGGGCCACCAAGCUAAACUUUUUGGUUGACCCGCGGCUGAAGGCCUACCCAACGCUGCUGGUGGAGUUUGUGUUGGAUUUUGACCCACUCGACAUCCUGCCCGAGACCGUCACUGCCAAGCCUCUGUGUCUGGGCCACAAGGAGAGAGUGCCCCCAAGACUGACGGUGGAGGUGGAGGACGUGGCUGAGCGCAUGAAGACCACCAGCUUCCCCCUAGUGCUGUUCGACCUGUACAAGACCUCCUCCAAGAGCUCCUCCAUUGAGGUCACCGGCCUCUCCACCACGCCGUCAGGGGAGGCCCAGGACAGCCAGACCCCCCGCACUCCUGCUGCAGACUCAGACUCGGAGGAGGAGUCGCUGGCGCCACUCUUCGAUAUUGGGGAGUGAGGGUACGAGAGAGAGAGAGAGAGUUUUUUAUUUAUUUUUUAUUUUUUUGCCAAUUUAUUUAUUUUACCUUUUUUUAAUAUUUUUUUUAAAGAGAAUGCAUAUGUGGAAGGAGAGUUUUGUUCUUUUAUUCAUCAGUUUUAUUAAUUUUAUUGAGUUUAUUAAGACUAUACAUAAUAUAAGUGUGUCUGUGUGUAUUUUAUAGAUGUGUGUGUGUGUGUGUGUUAUAGAUAUAGGUACUGCAAGGAAAAUCUAAUGCUGAAUGAGGGAAAAAUGAUUACACAAAUGAAUCAUUGUUUUAUUUUUGUUAGUGUGUGUGUGUGUGUGUGUGUGUGUGUGUGUGGAGUGUGAGUUUGCUUUAUUUUUCUUUUAACGACAAAUAAAAAUAAGCUGAUUUUUGGAAGAAUGUGUCCUGUUUUUAUAUUCAUUAAUGUAAGGCUGAUAGAUAGAUAGAUUGAUAUAAAUGAUACAUAUAGAUAUACAUAGAUAGAUAGAUAGGAGUGUGUGUGUGUGUGUGUGUGUGUGUGUGUGUGUGUGUUUGUUAAUGAUCAAUGCAUGACACCCAUACUUGAUGAGCACACAGAGGCUACUAACAUGUCAUGCAAAGGCCACACACACACACACACACACACACACACACACACACACAUGUUCCGUGGGGUGACAUGUGUCUGGUCACGCUUUUUUUUUAUCGGGCUUUUUAAUCGGGCUUUUUUAUUAUUUCCUUUUUUGUGCCCUUGAGCUGUCUCCUUUGUUGUAAAAAAAAAAAAAAAUCUGUCAGCUUGUCAAUAAUGGAGGCCCGGGCGGUGACACACACACACACACACAAAGGCCCUCAGCUGUCUUUCAAGGAAUUGCUCACGCGUCCGUUCAUUAAAAAACAUAUAUUUUUUUUUUACUGGCAAUGAAGAGUUCAGGAUAAGUUUUUGUUUUUAAUUAAAGAAGCAAACAUUGAAACUAAAACACACACACACACACACACACACACACACACACACACACACACACCGUAUCUAUAGCAAGGGGACAUGAGGUUGGCAGAGAGGUUGACAGAUGUUAGGUUACCACAUGAGCAUGACAUCAUAAGUAAGAAGGGUGGUAUAGCUACAUUGCUCGUCUGUUGCGAUGCUUGGUCUGUUGGGGGAGAAGAUAGUGGUCAGGGUAACAAAAAAGAUUGAUUGAUUGAUUGAUAGUUUAUUGUUGCAAGUAAACAACAAAGGAGAAGGGAGGAGCAUGCCAUCCCAACCCCCAGGCAGUACAGAGUGUGAAAAGAAUAUGUUAGGUUAGCGUAAGAAAAUUAAACAAAUAAAAAUGAAUAAGUAAUACGACGGAUAUUGUUACGAUGCUUGGCUUGUUCAACUAACCAAAGAUGCUGUGAUUGUGAUAUUGAAGACAGGAUACGUGUGUGUG